AUGCAAGCCAUGCAAAGACCGCGGUCAUCCAUCAAGCUGUGUCUACAGCAGCCACAAGGACCGACAUCACAAUCCUACUUCCAGUCAUGGUACCAACAAGGCCAAGACAACAACAAAACCCACACUCCUCCCGAGAGCUGCUCCUCCUCCAUCAGGGAGACCCCCGAACCAAUGCUGAGCAUCGACCACUCCCUCUCCCCUUUCUCUUCUCGACAACCCUCACCACUUCCCAGCCCCCGAAGUCCUCGCUUCCAAACCUCCGCUUGCAAAACGCGUAUGAUCGGCCUCAGCCAUUGGAUGGCCCCCUGCAACGAAAUGGACGUCGUCCGCGCCUUACUCGACCACUCUGAGCCCUUUAACGCCAGCCGCAAAGCCUUUCACGAGUUGAAAGCCAUGUUGCGUCAAUACAACGCCAUCCCGCCUACCCUCCCACCAACUCUCACAAACGACACAGACCUCAAACUCCUUCUCCCCGACCGGAUAACCUGCGGCCGCUGGUGUGCGCAGUACCAAGCUACUUACGGGCGGAUCUACUCCAUCCUCGACCCAAAGGCGUUGACCACGGAUGUGGAUAGAAUUUACGCGGGCACCUUGUCUCAUCCCGUGCACGUCUCCAAGGUGCUACUAGCAAUGGCCAUCGCUAUGCAACUUUCUUCUUCUUCUUCUUCUUCUUCCUCCUCCUCUUCACCAUCCUCCGCAGACCACCUCUACGGCCGCUCGCUAGCCCGCCAAGUCGAACUCCUCCUUCAUUCAUCCAGCCGGUUCCAAAAACCGUGCAUAGGCGUCGUGCAGGUGCACCUCCUUUUGCUGGUACUAAAAACCAUCUCAGCAAGCGACACAGAUAAGAUCUACGACUUGAUGGGUCUACACGGAAUCACGACGCAGAUUGUCUUGAACAUGGGUCUGUACCGUGACCCUGGCCUGUUUGUGGAUGUUAGUCCGUAUCAUGCCGAGGUUAGGAAGAGGUUGUGGUGGUGUUUCGUCAGGUUGAAUCUGGAGUAUUGUGUUAGGAGCGGGACGCAGUUUACGUUGAGGUUGGAGGAGGGGGAUUGUCCGCUUCCCACCACGGCCGGACUUGGGCUGAUGAGGGGGGCGGAUGCACAUGGGACUACUACAUCUACAUCUAACACCAUACUUGGAUGUGAAACUGAUGACCAAGCCAGAACGGACCUGGAGUUUGGAAUCGCCGCCGCAAAACUGGCGAGGGUUAUCGGUCCUAUGCAACAGGCUCUUUACUCUUCCUCUACCUCAUCAUCUAAAGCAGGGGACGUCUCGGACCCGGUGCAGAUGCAGGAUGAGCUUAGGCAAGCAUACGAGGAGAUCAUUGCUUGUCUCCCUGCUGAGCUCCAACCUGGCACUGGCUCUGGCACCGGCCCUGGCUCUCAAACAAGUCCAGCAGUGGCAGUGGCAGACCCCAUCCACACUCUCCAACAAUCCAUCCUCUCGAUAACUCUCCACUCCUUCCUCACAAUCAUCAACCUGGCCUCAACCCUCGGCUCCAUGUCCACAUCCCCAACCCAGCACGGCUUGCAGAGGACUUCCCUCAUGGAAAUCUGGGACUCCUCCACCUCUGUCUUUCACGAGUUUCAGUCUCUCUGCCAACUCCAACUCCAACUCCCCACCCCGGCCAGUCCAAGCACUGCAAGCACAGACACAGACAUUACCAAGAUAACAAGCAUGACAUGCCACCUCCUCUGGACCGACGCCUGCCGCGCCGUCCUAGCAGCAUGCUGGACCGUCUCCCGGCUAAGGGAACUCGAUUCCUCUUCAAGGCAGCCUCAACGGACAGUUCACGUCUUCCAGCAAAUCUUGACGGAAGCACUGGGCUUUUUGUCAGGGAUGUGGAAAACUAAAUUCCACCUUGGACCAGUGGCUGCUAAGACGAGUAUUAUUUUGGCGGUGGCAAUGAAUGUUACGCUUAACAAUGGUAGUGGGUCGGAUGCACAUGGGAAGGGGAGGAUGGAUGUUGGGGUGGCGACGGCUGAGGGGUUGGUUGGGGAGUUUAGGGAUGCAUUGCAGCAGCUUCAACGAGGGCAGCAGCUUCGACAUGGGCAGCAGCAGGAUCUUCCUACCACUAGCACUGCUACUAACUCUGGAGGUCGUUUGUCUGACCUGGGCCUGGGCAUCAUAACAACCUGCUAUUCCCCCAGUGUCGUUUCUGCCUCACUCUCGAGUCCAGAUAUCGAGACCAUGUCUGUAACUGGGACAGGGACAGGGGGUAUCUACGGCAGCUGGACUGCACCCACGCCUUCCAACACCUUGCUGGUCCCGCCGAGGACAAGCUCGGGAGCGAGUUCGAUGGUUGGAACGCCGUCGUUGACAACGCAUGAGUACUUUGAUUUGGACUUCUCCUCGGCACCAGAAGCGAGUGGCUUUAGCAUUGGCUUGCCACAGGAUAAUUUGGCGCUGGAUAGUCCUGUGUAUGGGUAUCAGGAGGGAUACCAUGUUGAUGGGGUUAUGCGAAGCCAAGAGGGGAUGGGGAUGUAUAACAUGAACAUGAACCUGAAUGCGUAUCAAGGGAUGGAGGGGAUGAAUGGGAUGAGUUUGUGGCAAUGA